ACUCGGAGCCAGACUCCGGUCCGGCUCCGGCGGGCGGUGGUUCCGCUAGGCAGAGGGAGAUGAGCGCCCGCGCCCUCGGCUCCGGCGUGGAGAGAGCUCUACCGGGGCUCUCAGACCUGGACAGGGUCCUUGGGCGUGGGGAGGCCGACUAGGGCUUGGGAGCGCCCGGGCGCCGAUCGGUCCCCCUGCCCACGGCCAAUUCCUGUCCCCUUACGGAGGCGAGCGCGCCCCUUCCUGCCCCUUGUCUGGGACCCUCGGGAGCAGAGCCGGUGCCAGCUGUGAGGGCGUGGGCGCAAGCCUCCGGACACCAUGAGUGUGGGCUUCAUCGGAGCUGGCCAGCUGGCCUUUGCCCUGGCCAAGGGCUUCACAGCAGCAGGAGUGCUGGCUGCCCACAAGAUAAUGGCCAGCUCCCCAGACAUGGACCUGGCCACCGUUUCUGCUCUCAGGAAGAUGGGGGUGAACCUGACGCCCCACAACAAGGAGACCGUGCAGCACAGCGACGUGCUCUUCCUGGCCGUGAAGCCACACAUCAUCCCCUUCAUCCUGGAUGAGAUCGGCGCCGACAUUGAGGAGCGGCACAUCGUGGUGUCCUGCGCAGCUGGCGUCACCAUCAGCUCCAUUGAGAAGAAGCUGAUGGUGUUCCAGCCAGCCCCCAAAGUCAUCCGCUGCAUGACCAACACGCCGGUCGUGGUGCGGGAGGGGGCCACUGUGUACGCCACGGGCACCCACGCCCAGGUGGAGGAUGGCAGGCUCCUGGAGCAGCUGAUGGGCAGCGUGGGCUUCUGUACAGAGGUGGAGGAGGACCUGAUUGACGCCGUCACGGGGCUCAGUGGCAGCGGCCCAGCCUACGCGUUCACAGCCCUGGACGCACUGGCUGACGGGGGCGUGAAGAUGGGGCUCCCGCGGCGCCUGGCCGUCCGCCUCGGGGCCCAGGCUCUGCUGGGGGCCGCCAAGAUGCUACUGGACUCUGAACAGCACCCAGGCCAGCUCAAGGACAACGUCUGCUCUCCUGGUGGGGCCACCAUCCAUGCCUUGCACGUCCUGGAGAGCGGGGGCUUCCGCUCCCUGCUCAUCAACGCGGUGGAGGCCUCCUGCAUCCGCACACGAGAGCUGCAGUCCAUGGCCGACCGGGAGAAGGUCUCACCAGCCGCCAUCAAGAAGACCAUCCUGGACAAGGUGAAGCUGGACUCCCCUCCCGGGGCCUCACUGGCCCCUUCUGGCCACUCCAAGCUGCUCACCCGCAGCCUGGCCCCGGCAGGCAAGAAGGAGUGAGGUGCCCAACGUGCCUUCUCCUCCUGGGCUCAGAGCUCCUCGCUGGGUGUCUAGCUCCGGGCCGCACAGGGUAUCCUCAUCAUGGCCCACUGCCCACGGCUCUGGUCCACUCGCUUCAGUGGGGCUGGAGCCAGGGAGUGCGCAUGUCACUUCCCAGUGGGAACCUCCACAGUCCCUGACUGUCCUGGUCCAGAACAGGGAAGGAUUCUCUCAGCUCAGUGCCCUCUUCCUCUACCCCCAAACCAAGUCACUUUCCUCCAGAGCUCAGGAGGCCUGGGGGUCUCCACCCCCCGCGGUCAGCUGGCUUGACCUUGAGCACAAAAGGUCAAGGUCCCCCCUCCACUCACCCCCCAACCAUGAAGGCCCAGCCAAGGAGGGAACCCACUCCUGACCUCUCUCCACCCUCCAGUCACAACUCCUUCCUCAGUGUGGGAAGGACCCAAGGGUCCCUGGCAUCCAGCAGGAGGGACUCUGGUUCUUGGCCAGCUGGACAUUUGAGAAAAGGGCUCUCAGAUGGUUCAACUUCCGAGGCCAUCAGCACACUCACACCAUCAUCUUCUGUUCCUGACCCGACCCGCAGACGUCUGACUUUAGGUUAAAUAAAUUGAUUUCCAGUCCCA